AUGUCUGUAGAACCGUAUCACGGGCCAAUAAAUUUGCUUUCUACCAUCACACUCAUAUAUCGCGCAUUUACUAACUACUCUAUUGAUGCUGAUCAUAUUGGUUGGAACUUCAAGAGCGUGGAUGAUACCACCACAAUAGAAGCAACGAGUUUUCGAUCUUGGAACAGAGAACCUAGCAUCCUCAUACCAAACCACGAACCUCUGGUGAAUACUUAUUACAUCAUCACAAUUGAGUCGGCGAACUCUGUAGACGGAAAGCCUGGUAUAGCGACUCGUAAAGAGGGGGAGAAUACUACCUACAAUAUCGAUAAUCGAAGACAGAUUUGCACAAUUAGCUAUGCGUAUGUCACACCAAUGCAAACGGGGAUUCCAAACUCUGUAGAGGAAAAGACAAUCACCACCAAAACCCUUACACCUCGGGAACAAAUGUCCAGAUUUCCAUUACGAAAGACAUUCACUCUUACUUCUCUCAAAUUGAAGAAUUCCCGCGGUCCAGGACACUGGACUAAAAUCCUUGACGUCGUCAAGACUUUUCCGAAGUCAAUCAUUCACGAGCAAUUCCGUUUUAGUGAAAUACAAAUGGCUGCGAAGUUAUACCACGAAGGCAAGUACGGAUCUUCACAACUUCAGCUACGCCCAAAUCAUUUACCGUUCUUAGCACGUAUUCCUUCGAUGGGUCUCAAACAAUGGAUUUGCGCAUUUUGUGGGACAGAAUUUCAAAGUAAUAUCGUCGGCUAUGGGAGUGAAGGAUUGGCAUUUGUGGUUACGAGAUGGAUGGACUUAGGGAGAGAGUUGAACCAGGAUCCCGAUUGGGAUGGGAAUUUUGUUUUACAAGAGUUUCCUGAAAGGGGCUCGAUGCUUAUAAUGGAAGAUAACGGUCCCAUUUCAAGGUGGUGGGAAGAUACCGAAGGAGAAAGCAGAUAUGUUCCAACUUUGAGUAAGGCCCAGGAAAAGGUUCUGGGAUACCAACACGUAAGGGGACACAUGAUCCGGCUCCCGCGCUUUCUCACGAAGAGUCCUAGUCCCGGCCCACAGGAUUUUUCUCUGUGA